AUGUCCCACACUGAGCAAGAGCCAAAGGGAGCCACCAUGACUUCUUCGGUGGUUAAUACCGUUAAUACGAUUAUUGGAUCCGGAAUGCUCGUUCUCCCAUAUGCAUUCAAGACGGAUUCGAUCUUUCUUGGAACAAUUAUUCUUCUUUUUGCCGCUGCUGCAAACAGCAUUGGUCUGAUUAUCCAAGGAAUGACUACUAAAUUUGUUCACCAGGGGACUGCCACCUUCUUCACCAUAUGCACUCUCACGUAUCCUCGUUUGAGCACCUUGUUUGACAUUGCCAUCUUUAUGCAGUGCUUUGGUGUUGCAAUUUCGUACAUUGUGCUAACUGGCGAUCUUAUGCCGCUUGUCUUUUCAAUUUCUGACUGGUCGGAGACUCAGAAUAGGCUAUUCUACAUUUUGAUUUCAACCGUCAUCACAGUUCCUCUCUGCUUCCUUCAUAAAUUGGAUAGCUUGAGAUACACUUCGGUGGUUUCUUUAAUUGCUAUUGCUUAUCUUGCUAUCCUUAUAUAUGCCCAGUUUGGUUAUUCCUUGUCGCAGAAUUUCCAAAACAUCCCUCCUGAAAACAUUGGACCCGUGUCCUACUUCACUCCAGAGGGAAUAAAGCCCGUUUUCAAGACGCUUGGAGUGAUUGUUCUUGCAUACACUUGCCCUAACCAGUACUCGAUUGUUACCGAAUUGCAAAAUCCAACAAUCCACAGGAUUAAUAGAAUUGUCUAUCUCUCCAUGGGUGUCAUUACUGCGAUUUUCUUCUCUGUUUCAUUCUUCGGUUACAUGACAUUUGGUAAUGCCUUGGGAGGAAACAUCAUUCUCAUGUAUGGAGAUAACAUCUACAUUUCGUUAGGCCGUCUUUUGCUAGUCUUGAUGGUUCUUCUCUCGUUCCCUCUCAUGCUCUAUCCUGCUAGAUCGUCUUUCAAUAACAUUUACUUUGCAUUCAAGGAUUACCUAUGGCAUAAAUGGCAUCAAUUCAACUCACGUGAGACCGCACCAUUACUGCAGAAUAACACUGCAUCUGGUAAUUCAGACAAUACCGAGAAUUGUGAGGUCUUUGCCGAGGACAAGUUGGGUGAAAAGGCUGUUCCAUUCCCAGAAUUCCGCUUCAGAUGGAUCACUGUGGUUUUGCUUGUGCUUUCAUAUUUAAUUGCCAUUUCCCUAGACUCAUUCGAGCUUAUUCUCUCUGUUGUUGGUGCCACAGGUGGCGUUUUAAUCAGUUAUGUUCUUCCCGGUUGCUAUGGAUACAAACUUCUUUGCACCGAAGAUCCGCAUCUACUUAAGAUGUUGGAUAAGCAUGGAGGAGAAGAUAGGUUCAGCAAGUUGUUUAAAAGCACGAUACUUAGAAAGUGCUGCAUUGGGUUGAUUGUCUGGGGUUUGUUUAGCAUGACCAUCUGCCUUUACUCGAGUCUUUUCGAAUAG